AUGGUCGGCGCUCCCGAAAUCAGCGACCAGGAGCUGAGAGGAGGUGCAGAGAGACGCCGUGACAGCUCAAUCACCGGCGCUGUUCCCGGCUGUAAUGAGACGCUUAAUACCGCGGUACAACCUCCCAGUCAGGUGGACAUACUGAAGAAACUGGAGUUAUCAGACACGAUGGAGGGCGUGUCGCUGGAGGCGGGGUUUUGUACCAGUCGGCAGGAUAAGGAGGAAGUGGAUCUGGCUUAUAAGAUCGAUAAGGAGAUUCAGAUCAGCGUUCCCACCAAACAGCUGUUCCCGGACUCCGAUUUCCCGGUGGACUUCUCGCUGAUGGCGACUGUGCGGGCGCGGCGUGGUGCUCAGUGUUUCCUGUUGAGUGUGUACGACAGCGAUGGCGUCCAGCAGCUGGGACUCGAGCUUGGACGUUCGCCCGUCUUCCUGUACGAGGACCAUGAGGGACAGCCGACCCCGGACUCCUACCCCGUCUUUAAGAAGGUCAACGUGGCUGACGGCAAGUGGCACAGAGUGGCGUACAGCGUGGAAGGGAAGAAGGUCACGCUCUACCUGGACUGCCAGAAGGUUGCGACCCUCGACCUCCUGCGAGGUGACGAGCCCAGAAUCAGCACUGAGGGGGUCACUGUGUUUGGGAGACGCCUACUGGAGGAGGAAGUGUUUGAGGGGGAGAUCCAGCAGUUGUUAAUAGUCGACGAUCCCAGUGCUGCAGCUCAUUAUUGUCACAACUUCAUUCCUGACUGUGACUCCGCCCUUCCUUACACCAGCCUAUCACUGGACCCUGAGGAGGUGGAGAAGGUUCCCAGGAAGCCAGUUGUUGAGGACUAUGAUGACCUCUACACUGACCUUUACACCGACCUCUCAGUUUCCACAGUUACCGCCGUCCCCAACAUCACUGAUUACGAGGUUGUUGAAUAUGAAGAGGUGGUUAAUGGGACGGAAUACGAGGUGAGGGAUUAUGAGGAAUAUGAAGAAUACGAGGAGUAUGAUGACCGCUACGGACCGGCCACCAGAAACGGAGAAGGACAUUGGAAUGGACAGGUGUCUGCAGAACCCCAGAAAGGACAGAAAGGAGAACCCGCCAUGUUUGUUGAGGGAGCGAUGUUUGAAGGACCCCAUGGGCCACCAGGUCCUGAGGGUCCACCCGGGGAGCCCGGGCCAAUGGGACCACCAGGAGUAAGAGGAGAUCCAGGAGAUCUGGGACCUCCAGGUCGGCAGGGACUUCCAGGGGCCGAUGGUAUUCAGGGCCCACCGGGGACGUUCCUGAUGUUACCGUUUCAGUCUGGAGGAGAUAAAAACCCUGUGGUUUCAUCUCAGGAGGCUCACGCUCAGGCUAUUCUACAGCAAACUAAGAUGUCUCUGAAAGGACCUUCGGGACCGCUGGGUCUCACAGGACGACCGGGUCCAGUGGGCGCACCGGGACGGACGGGGCUGAAGGGAGAGAGUGGCACGCACGGUCUGCCGGGUCCGAGGGGAGUGUCUGGGAUUCAAGGUCCAAGUGGCAAACCAGGGAAAAGGGGACGUGCUGGCACAGAUGGUGGUCGUGGAGAACCUGGAGACAUUGGAGUUAAAGGUGAGAGAGGAUUUGAUGGCCUGCCUGGCCUUCCUGGACACCAAGGUCACCUGGGAGAACCAGGAAAACGAGGCCCCAUCGGCCCACCGGGAGAAACGGGAGGGAAAGGUUCAGAUGGGCAGCCUGGACCAAGAGGCCAAGCAGGAGAGCCAGGGAUUCAGGGACUGAAUGGACAAAGAGGACCUUCUGGACCUCCAGGACUGACUGGAAUUGUCGGAGCUGAUGGAGUUCCGGGUCCAAAGGGUAAUCAGGGACCUGCAGGUGAUCCUGGAGCACCAGGACAACAGGGAAACCCAGGAGUCCUGGGCUUUCCGGGCCCUCAGGGGCUGAUCGGAUUACCAGGAGAGAAGGGACCUCAAGGAAAAAAAGGAAUGAAGGGACUACCGGGCACUGAUGGACCCCCGGGUCACCCAGGAAGAGAAGGACCUCCCGGAGAGAAGGGCUUACCGGGUUUGGUAGGAAUACAAGGUCCUGUUGGAUAUCCAGGUUCCAGAGGAGUGAAGGGUGCUGAUGGUCUUCGGGGGCUUAAAGGAAGUAAAGGAGAAAAGGGUGAAGACGGCUUUUCUGGAGCAAAAGGAGAACUGGGCGCCAAGGGAGACAACGGAGAUCCUGGACCCCCUGGAAUGCGAGGUGAAGAUGGUUCAGAGGGUUUUAAGGGUCAGGCGGGCCCAGUCGGAGAUCUCGGACCUUCAGGCACCGCUGGGGAAAAGGGUAAACUGGGUGUUCCCGGGUUACCAGGUUACCCUGGUCGACAGGGGCCAAAGGGUGGAGACGGGUUUCCGGGGUCUGUCGGUGUUCCUGGAGAGAAAGGACGCAAGGGUCCCGCGGGUUCCGCGGGCACUGCAGGACAGAGGGGACCGAAUGGGGCUCGUGGAGCAAGAGGUGCCCGAGGACCGACCGGAAAAUCAGGAGAAAAGGGCUCAGCAGGACACGAUGGACCUCCGGGACCGACGGGAGAAAGAGGGCCUCAAGGGCCGCAGGGUCGAUUAGGGGAGGUUGGACCAAAAGGACCGAAUGGUCCUGGAGGUAAAGACGGAUUACCGGGUCAUCCAGGACAGCGGGGGGAGCCGGGGUUCCAGGGAAAGACGGGCCCUCCGGGACCUGCAGGUGUGGUGGGACCUCAGGGGAACACCGGUGAGACCGGACCUGCCGGAGAGCGUGGUCACCCGGGAUCCUCAGGACCAGUCGGAGAGCAUGGUUUACCUGGGGCUGCGGGCAAGGAAGGAGCAAAGGGAGAUCCUGGUGCUACAGGAGCUUCGGGGAAGAGCGGCCCGCCUGGACUGAAAGGCUUCCGUGGUAGCCGUGGAAUACCUGGUGGCCUGGGUCCAGCAGGACUAAAAGGAGGGGCAGGACCUGUCGGACCGCCUGGACAUGCCGGCCCUACAGGUGAACGAGGUCCUCCUGGACUGGCUGGAGCGAUUGGUCAGCCUGGACGUACGGGAGCAGUUGGCCCUGCUGGACCAGUGGGAGAAAAAGGAGAACCAGGAGAGAAAGGUCCGGUAGGUCCAGUGGGGCAGGAUGGAGAGCAGGGAGUUGUGGGAUUACCUGGAACCACUGGUCCUCCAGGCCCCCCAGGAGAGGACGGAGAUAAGGGUGAAGCUGGAGGUCCAGGACAGAAAGGAAGCAAAGGAGAUAAAGGAGAACUUGGACCUCCAGGACCAACCGGUUCUCAGGGACCAGAAGGGCAGCCAGGAGCACCGGGUGUGGAUGGGGAGCGUGGACCCCCGGGGCAGCAGGGUAUGUACGGGCAGAAAGGAGAUGAAGGACUACGAGGCUUUAAAGGAGCAACCGGACCAAUAGGACUUCAGGGAAUGCCUGGACCUCCAGGGGAGAAGGGAGAGAGUGGACAAGCAGGACUCAUUGGUAUUCCUGGUCAGAUGGGCCCCCGAGGUCCUCCGGGACCCAGUGGUGGACAGGGUCCACACGGGAGACCAGGGGUACGGGGCCAGCCGGGAGGCGUCGGAGAAAAGGGUGAGGAUGGUGAAGCAGGAGAUCCUGGACCUGUUGGAUUUCCUGGAAGCAUUGGGGAGCGAGGUGACCAUGGAGAAAAAGGUGACACUGGGUCUUCAGGAGCUGCAGGACCAACAGGAGCUCGAGGAAUAUCAGGAGAAGAUGGCGCCAAGGGCAACUUGGGUCCUAUUGGUCUUACAGGAGACCCAGGACCCCCCGGAGAGGCCGGUCCCAAUGGUAUUGAUGGAAUUCCAGGCUCUAAAGGAGACAACGGAGACCCCGGAAAAGCCGGCCCUCCAGGAGCUUCUGGGGAGCCUGGUCCUCCAGGACGACCAGGACGAAGGGGGCAUUUAGGGCAGCCGGGUAAGCAGGGGAAGCCUGGUCUGAAAGGAGAUAAGGGUGCUCUCGGUUAUGAGGGUAUUUUGGGCAAAACAGGACCGGUCGGACCUCAGGGACAUCCUGGUAAACAAGGACCUCAGGGAUUUCCUGGAAUCCCGGGACCAGUGGGGGAGCAGGGCUUAAAUGGACCUUUGGGUCAGACAGGACCUCCUGGACCAAUGGGUCCGUCUGGUCUGCCAGGACUAAAAGGAGACCCUGGCAGGAGAGGAGAGAAGGGUCAUGGAGGCCUGAUCGGACUGAUCGGUCCUCCUGGUGAGAUUGGAGAGAAAGGAGACCGUGGUCUUCCCGGAAACCAGGGGAUACCAGGACCCAAAGGAGACGAGGGUACAGUCGGUCCUUUUGGCCCUAACGGACCUCCCGGCUUUCCUGGACUGUCCGGACUGGUGGGAUAUAAGGGGUCAAAAGGCAGCCAGGGCCCGGCUGGAUCCAUAGGAGAUCCUGGACCUGCUGGUCCACCUGGACCUGCAGGACUCCCUGCUGCAGGUUCCGGCCCCUUCCGCAGGGGCAGACGGCGACGGUAUCACUCCCGGACAGAUGAAGAACGAGGAGAUGAUGAAGGGAUAGAUGGCGCCGUGGAGGUGGAGACGGAUGGAGAGGAGGAUGAUGGGAUGCAGAGUGACGGAGCGGGCGGGGUGUUCGGGUCUCUGGCCGACAUGAGGACGGAGGUGGAGGGGCUGCGCAACCCAAGAGGAACCUACCACAGUCCGGCACGUACCUGCAAGGAGCUCUGGAUGCUUCAGCCCAGCCUUCCAGACGGUGUGUAUUGGAUCGAUCCCAAUCAAGGCGUCCACAAAGAUGCCUUCAAGGUUUACUGUAAUUUUACAGCGGAGGGCGAGACCUGUCUACAACCACACAGCAGGCACCAAACGGUGAAGCUGUCUUCGUGGAGUAAGGAGAAACCAGGAACCUGGUACAGCCAGUUCAGGAAAGGAUCUCAGUUCUCGUAUACAGACGUGGACGAGAACCCGGUACACGUGGUGCAGCUGAGUUUCCUGAAGCUCCUGAGCGCCACGGCGCGCCAGUCCUUCACCUACCGUUGCCAGAACUCGGCCGGCUGGCUCGACGGCACGGCGCUGACGUACGCCAACGCUCUGAGGUUCAGGGGCAGCAACGGAGACGAGCUGACGCACAGGAACACGAACUACAUCCACGCCAGCUACGACGGCUGUCAGUCCCGGUCGGGUCAGGAUCACACCGAGCUCGUCCUGGACUUCCCGGACGCAGACGCUCUGCCCGUGGUCGACGUAGCCGUGUCGGAUUUCGGGAGCGAGAAGCAGAAGUUUGGGUUCUCGGUGGGUCUGGUGUGUUUUAAUGGGUAAAUGAUCAGGACCAGAACGUCAGAGACUCUACACACACACACACACACACACACAGUAUGGUCCACGGCGUGGGUCCACGCCACUCUGGUUUGGGACACGACCACUCGCCGGUGAUUUUGUUUUAUUAGUUCUUUGUGUUUUAUUAGUUAUUUUUUGUGAAUGUGAUCAUGUGAUUAGGUGAUCAUGUGACCACAUACUUUGUGAACUGCCAUGUUUAACUAAACAGGUGAUUUAGUUUUUCUCAGGCGCAAUCCUUUGAAGCAAUACACACACACACACACUAUGUGGCCAAAAGUAUUCGGACGCCUGACCGUGAGCUUGUCGGACAUCCCGUUUCCAUACUGAUUUGGAAAGCCUUCCUAUUAGACUGCGGGAAUUUGUGCCCGUUCAGUCAACAGAGUCAGUGAGGUCAGGUGCUGAUGUUACAAGUGUGUUGAGUUGGGUUGAGCACCUUUGCGUCUCGUUCAAUCAUUAGGGGCGUCCACGCCCAGGUGGCACAGCGGUCGGCUGGGCGCCAUCUAGCGGGCUUAAUCGGCAGUGCCUGUAGCAGACACGGUUCUGCUAGGGCGGGAUGACCGGACUAUGUGUGCGGGGUCUUCGUAAGGACCCUGAUUGUGCCCACCUCAACUGUAAUCAGGGAUCCACCAGCAGAGGGAGACAGAUUGACUGUGCAAAAUGUGUAAAUAAAAUAGAAAAACAGGGGCGUCCACAUACUUUUGGCCAUAUACUGCAUCCACACACACACACACACACACGGAGACGACUCCGUGUUUACUGUACUGUCAUGAUGUUUAUUCUUGUAUACUGUAAUGAGUUGGAUGUUAUUUUAUAUAAACUACGUGUCUGUCCGUCUGAUCGUCGUGUAAUCAUGGUGCUACUUGUUUACAUUCGUCUGUAAGGUGCCUGCAAUGCAUCCUGGGAGUAAAAUAGCUCCCGACGUCCUGCAGUGUUUCAUGUGUACUGAUGUACUGAUGUGUGAAUAAAAAUAAAAUGUUUAUUAUUUUUAGUCAGUUAUAAGAUGAUCUUCAGGGAAACGACUGUAAUAAAGCAGAAUUAUUAUGACGUCACAACACACCCCUGUGUUUAUACACACACACACACACACACACACACACACAUGCUGAGGUCAUUCCUUCCAUCCACAUGGUGCAUCUGAACUCACACACUUUCAGGAGGAGCUGCUGGUAGGAAACCAGAGCUUUGGUCUUCGCUGUGAUGGAUAUUGGACUCUCACUGAAGAUUCCUUCAUAAAUAAAUCAUUUUUAUUUGAUUUUCAGGAUAAUAAGCUCUUUAUUUUUAAUAAUAUAUUAACACCUUC